UAACGAAAAAACUGUCGACUAACGAAUGAGAGACUUCUGAUUUCUGAGGAUUGCAAAGUUCAUUUUCGUAGCCGGUCGUAAUAUUCUAAUUCUUCUGUAAUAUUAUAUUUUGGGAGAUUUUGUCGAAAGUGUCUGUGGUUUAAAAUGCCAGCUGAAAAUUUGGAACAUGAAGGCCUUGCCAAGAACCCUAACCUAGAGCUUGCUCAAUACAAGUUCUACUUGACACUAGAUCAGCAUAAGAAUGAUGCUUCUGUUAAACAAAAGCUUAUGGAAGCAAUCUGUUCUGAUGAUAUGGCACCAUUUUACGAAGAAGUCUGCAAAGAUUUAAACUGGCCUGUUGAUCCUAUCCUGCUAAGCGGAAUGAAAGAAAGAAAUGAAGCUAAACUUAAAGAGUUAGAUGCUGCUAUUGAAGAUGCUGAACAAAACCUUGGCGAAAUGGAAGUUAGAGAGUCUAAUUUAAAGAAAGCUGAAUUCCUCUGCCGAAUAGGAAACAAAGAUGCAGCUCUCUUUGCUUUCCGCAAAACUUAUGACAAAACAGUCUCUCUUGGUCAUAGAUUGGAUAUCAUUUUUCACAACAUCAGGAUUGGAUUAUUCUAUGUGGAUCAUGACUUAGUAACCAGGAAUAUAGAUCGUGCAAAGUCGCUUAUCGAAGAAGGAGGAGAUUGGGACAGACGCAAUCGACUAAAGGUCUAUCAAGGGCUGUAUUGUAUGGUCAUCAGAGAUUUCAAAGCUGCGUCUGGUUUCUUUUUGGAUACUGUCUCAACCUUCACCUCUUAUGAGCUCAUGGAAUAUUCAACCUUUGUUCGCUACACAGUCUACAUGGGAAUGAUUGCUUUGCCCAGAAAUCAACUACGUGAUAAGAUUGUUAGAGGCUCGGAAAUCUUAGAAGUGCUUCACAGUCUUCCUGAUGUCAAGGACUAUUUGUUCUCGAUGUACAACUGUCAUUACGCCGAUUUUUUCGUUAACUUGGCUAAAGUGGAACAGAUUAUGAGAGAAGACCGUUACCUUGCCGCUCAUUACCGAUUCUAUGUCAGAGAGAUGCGGAUUCAAGGCUACACUCAACUUCUCGAAUCAUAUCGUAGCCUUACCUUAACUUACAUGGCACAAGCUUUCGGAGUUUCCGAAGAAUAUAUCGACAAGGAACUUGCCCGUUUCAUUGCUGCUGGUCGGCUGCACUGCCGAAUCGACAAAGUGGGUGGGAUUGUCGAAACCAACCGUCCCGAUUCGAAAAAUUAUCAGUACCAGUCGACUAUUAAACAAGGAGAUGUGUUGCUUAACCGCGUCCAGAAACUUUCGCGCGUUAUCAAUAUUUGAACGAUUUGCUUUCCGUUCUCAAAAUACUUCUUAUCUUUUUGUUUUUGUAAUAAGUUGAAAUGCAAUUCCAGCGUUCA